UAUUGGUAGGAGUACAGCCCAGUUGAAGCAAGAGAAUCCAGCCAUUUGGAGAUGCCAGUGUCAUGGAACAAGCACCAAGAACAACGCUGUGUGGUAACUGACUCAGACUCUGACACUGGAUCUCCCAUUGAAGAAAAGAGAACUAAGGUCUGUGAAAUAAGCAACAAAGAUGAUUCCCGUGAUGAAGGCCAAAUACUUGAGUAUGAAAAAGAAGUGGUUCAAAGUAUUGAUUCUAUUCUUUGUUCAGCUGAUGUUUGUGACCUGUGGUGUCUUUAUGGAAGUUCCAACCAACCAUCAAGUGAGCCUAAGCCAGAGCCAUUGCCAGAGUCAGAGCUGGAGCCAGAUCAGGAGCUGCAACCUCUGCCAGAGACCGAACCACAGGCUGAGCACAAGCCCCAACCCAAGCCCAACUUGCAGCCAGAGCCAGAGCAGGAGCCUGAGCCUGAGCCAGAGGGACAGCUGCAGCCAGAGCCUUAACCUUAGCCAGAACCAGGCCUGAGCCAGAGUGGGAGCUGCAGCCUGAACAGGAGCCCAAGCCCCAAUCUUUAGCUGGCUGAUAUGAUUGAGUCAGCUCAUAAUAUAUCAGAAACGGAACAUCUCUCUUGAACUUCAUUGCUCUGGGAGCCUCCUGUGGUGCUUCAUAUGGUUCUUGUGUAGGAUGCUUGCUGGUCAUAGUGUUGAAUAUAUCCAAUCGGGGGUUCUUCUUAGUUCUCUUCUGUGGGGUACACAAGCUCUGAGGCAAAGUUUUCUAAGCCUCAAGGCUAGAUUUCUCUGAGUAUACACUGAGAUACCAUUCUCUGCUGAAUUUGGCAGAUGGCACAGGCUUUCAUCUGCUGCCUCUGCUGAUAUGUACCUGCUUUCAUCACUAGGUGAUUGAAAGCAGAAAUAUUUGAUGUCACUUGAAUUGGGCUUUGGCUCUUGAGAGUGUGUUUGGGGCUUCUAGAAGUAUAGUGCAGCUACAUACAUACACGUGCUGAGAAAGCUCCUUCUCUACUAGGGAAGGUCAUACUCUACUGAAGAAUGUUAUUCUUUUCAACCAAGUUCAACCCUAGAAAGGAAUAAAACCUGGCUACCUAUCCUAAAAUUAGCGUCCUUUUGAUUUGUUUUGUUUUGAGACCUGUCUAUCUAGCCCUGACUGUCCUGGUCCUGCUCUGUAAACCAGGCUGACCUCUAACUCACAGAAAUCAUCUUCCUCUGCCUCCAAGUGGUGGGAUUAAGGUGUGUGCCAUAGCACGCAGCAGCUUCUUUUGUUUUACAUAUUACUUUGCUUUCUCCCCACUCGAAGUUCUUUACACAAGCUGUUAUUCCACAUUUCAGCAGUUAAUAAAAGCUCUGGCAAAUUUUCCAUCUCAGGAGCCUGUGAAGUCAGAAACUCCCAUUUUUCUCAUUUCUUUUAUUAUUUCCGUGGGCUCGUUUAUCUGACUGGGUUGCUCUAGCCAUGAUUUUUUUUUUCCCAGCAUGAGUUGGAAUUUAUUGCUGUAAUUUUACAGAAGAGUCCCUUUGAUGUCAUAAAUGGCAAGAAUAAAGCAUGAACAGUUUAUUAAAAAGCAGAACAGUGAGAUGAGAUUGCAGUCGUUGUAGGCUCCCACUUUAUAUUGGAUAAUUCAUUCAUUCUGCACUGUAGAAAACAGUAAAUUGAUUUUGAUUUCAAAUAUAGCUGUCCCAUUAAUUUUCAAGGCAUAACCUUAUGGAGAUCAAA